UGCUCUCAUUUUACACUGAUGUGGAGUGGUCUGCUACCUCCUGGUGUGAAUGAAGCUGAUGUUGCCAUAAGUUCAGAUGAUGAAGAAAGAGUGUCUCUUCCUGAGAGUAUCUUAAAUGAAAAACAAGAAGAAAAGAAAUUCCUAGACAAACAGACUUGUGAUCAUGAGAAAAAAAAUAUGGCUGAAAACCAACUUCCUUCUGCAGAAGAACAGGAAUGUCUGGCAUGCCUUCCUGGAGUUCCCUUAGAUAUGUGGAAUAAAUUUCAGAAUCUGAAAAAGAAAAACCUUGACAUGAAAAAUCAAGAAAAAUGUCAAAGAGAUAAGCGACAAAAGAGAAAACGUUCUCAAAAAGGUAAAAUGAAAAGCCGUGAAGAAAUAACUGAAAGCCAAGAGUCUGUAAAAGAAAGACACUUCAAAGAGCUCACUCAAUAUUUUGGAAUCAAUGAUAGGUUUAAACCACUGGAAAGCAAGGAAACUACUCAAAAGUCUGGCCUUGAAAUCAGUAUAGACAAAUGUGUAGCUGAAGGUAAUAUUGCUCAAGCUGAGGAAUUAAGUGAUAGAUUAGCUACUCGAGAGCUUGGUGUGAAAAUUGCAAAAGCUGUUGCUUGCCGAAAUUUUGUGAAAGCCAAGCAAGAUGUAGAGGUUACUCAAGAGGCCCGAAAAAAGAAAAAACUUGCAUGGGGUUUUGAAGCAAAGAAAAGAUGGGAAACAAAAAGCAACAUGGGAUACAUGUAAUUAAUUCUGUCUAGGAAAGCUGAAAAUUAUAAAGCCGGGGAAAAGACAUGAUAUUCAUAUUCUGGGCAGAAGUAGUUUGUCAAUGAUCAUAACUACACAAGUAAAUUUUGAAGAACAUUUCAAUUUUGUUUCAAUUGAUUUAUGGUAUGUGUCACAAAUAAUACAGAUGAUAUAUCUGAAAUGAUCGUUCAUGGAUAAUUUUAGAUUCCUUGUAUAAGAGAAUUAUCCAUUGUAAGCUUUAAAUAAUAGUCUAAAUCAGUGGUGUCAAACUUUCGUCAUCUUAUGGUUGUCACAUGAUGUAUUGUGACUUUUUUCUCCUUUCACUAAAUCGGGUGGGCAUGGCCAUAGCGUGACGCAUCCAGCCCGCGGGCCGCAUUUUUUUCUUUUGUGGUGCCACAUUGUGGAAUCUUAGCUCCCAAAAGUUGAGGUUGGCCUCACCAUUCUUCAACUUUCAAAGGUUCCUCAAGACCUGGUAAUGCCAUCAGGCCUGAGGACUUAAGGGGACAGGGGAACUUGUGUGGAGGCUUUGUUAUUAUUAUCUCUCUGUUUAUUCUCAUUUCUUAUUUUAGUUCUGCUUUUAUAGUUUUUAAUGCCCUUUUAAUAAUUAUUUUCUAAUGGUUUUAGGUAAUUCUUUAUUUUACUGUUUUAUUGGAUUUCUGUACAUUGCUCAGAGUAAUUUUUCACAUAAAUUUAAUUAAUAUCAAUAAAAUUACACACACACACACACACACACACACACACACACAUAAUUUGAUACAUACACUAUAUGUAUAUAUUUGAUAUGUGUGACGGACAAUGGCAGUUUUUAGAGUCCAUUGGAUGCCUAUCUGAAUACUUAAUAUCUAAUAUUUUAAUACCAUUAGUUAUAAAAAUUGGCAUGAUUUGACUUGAUGUUAGUUUCCUUAACAAGUAAUGGGAACUUUUUGCUGAUAAAUCAUAAAUUACUGGUGUGAAUCAUAGGCUUCUAGCAUUCCAAACAUUUUUUUUUUUUUUACUGGUGUGGUUAAACUGGCAAAACAGCAUUCAAAGUUUCAGGUUUUCUCUUCUCAAUGAAGCUUUCUAACACUUUUCAGUGAUGAUAGGAAGUAAUUUCUGAAGCCUUAAUUCAGCUGUAACCAGGAUCUCAACAAUAAAAGGGGCAUUUGUACCCAACACUUUAAA